UGAAAAUCAUAAAACACAGUUUUUGUGUCUUUUUUCACGAGUCAAGAAAUGAAUGAAACAUGAAAAUAAAACCGAAGAAUAUCUUUUGGACGCUCUUUUCCUUGGCGUGCAUCAUCAUUGAAGCUGAUGUUAUACAUUUUAACACAAGCUCAAAGAAUUUGCACGAUGAACAACGAGAAAUAUCAAAAUUAUACUAUAAUAAUAAAACACUUUUAAUUAGUGGUUCACAAUUAAAAUUCUCCGAUAUACCAACAAAAGAGGAAAGAAUUAAAAAUUCAUUGCCAAUAAAAGGUGAAAUUAUAAAAUUUUUUGCCAAAGAACAAAUAAUUAUUGAUCGUGACAUAAAUGAAAUUGGUGAUGAAAUAAAUAUUGUAAUUAUUGCGCCAAUAUGUCAAGUGGAUGGUUUUAGGAUAAUAAAUUUAGACGGCACAUCCGGUAAAGUUCACGCGGUGACACAAGCAAAAAAUGGCACCAAUUAUAAUUUAAAUGGCGAAAAUGGUAAAUCAGGUAUUCAAGGUGGACGUGGUGGAAGUUUUUAUGGAAUUUGUCAAAUAUUCAUUAAUGUCGAGAAUCUUAUUAUUAAUGCCAAUGGUGGUAAUGGAAGUCCCGGUCAAAAUGGUGGUGAUGGCGUAAAUUUGGUGGAAAAUGGCACUGGAAUGAAGGAGAAUUGUCAAAAUGGCACUUUUGGCGAAAAUGAUAAUGUUUUAAAGGGAAAAUGUUAUAAUGACACUGACGAUGGUGGUAAUUGUAAAAAUGGCACAAUUGAAAUUGAAAAUGGCAAAAAUGUCAAAAAUGACAAUAAGGAAACUAUAAAAUGCCAAAAUACCGCAGAAAACAAUGCUAAUUGUAAAAAUGUCACUAAUGGUAAAUCUGACAAAAAUGGCACAAAUGGAACUAUUUCAGUUGUGUAUUGUAAAAAUGCCACUGACGGAUAUUUGAAUAAAACAAACGGAGUGGUGAAAUUCCAAAAUGGCACAAUGGAAAUAAAAAAUGGCACAAAUGGCAAAAAUGGCACUAAGGAAACUUUAAACAACGAAAACGAAAGAGAAAACGUUGAUUGUAAAAAUGGCACCAUCUACAACUCGUGUUUCGAAAAUGGCAAAAAUGGCACCGUAGGUGGAAAGGGGGGUGACGGUGGUCCCGGAGGUGCAGGAGGAAAAGGAGGUGAAAUUAUUGUAAUUAUUUUGGAAAAUUCGAAAAAUAUACCAAAAAUUUCCGUUUUGAAUGGAUCAAUUGGCGCUGCAGGUGAUGGUGGAAAAGGUGGGAAAGGGAAUUGUACUUCUAAAAUAGCUGCCGAUGGUGAUAACGGAAAUUCGGGUAAGAGUUUAUUAGAUUUCAAAUUCCUGUCCAAUAAAAGUGAUGAAUUCAAUUUUCUUCAAAUUGUAAAUGAUUUUAAAUUUUACUCACAAUGGCAUUUAAUUAAUUUUAAUGCAAAUAAUAAUUUUGAAAAAUUUUAUCACCUCUUCGUGAAGGAGAUGAAAAAUUACACUAAUAUUUUUGGAUUUAUCGAUGAAUUUUUGUAUUUGGAAAAAUUAUAUUUUCUUCACGACAAUAAAUCGAUUUUAAUUGAUUUUUAUCAAUCUCUUCAACAACGUUUGAGUAAUUUCUCAAAAAUGGAAUAUCGCGAUAUUUUGGAGAAAUUGGAAAAUAAUUUAACAACAAGAAUUUUAAAUAGAAAAUUGAUUACAAAUAAAACAAUGAAUAAUUUAAUUGAACUUAAGGAGAUGAUAAAAAUAAGAAAUAAAAUUUGUGAAAGAGUUAAUCAAACUAAAGAAAUUAUUACCAUAAAAAAUUUUCUCAAUUAUAAUUUUGUGAAAAUAAAAAAUUUCAUUUCACUUCAAAUUAAUGAGAAAUUGACAAAUUUUAUUGAUAAUGUCGAUGAAAAAAUUAUUAAUUUAAUUCAAAAUUGUGAAAAAAAUAAUAAAGAAUUGGAAAAAAAAUUACAAGAAAGAUUUUCAUUAGAAACAUUAUAUUUAACAACAAUUGCAGUUGAAUUUACAAUUCCAAUGAUUUUUGUUCUAUUCGUGAUAAAUUUGUAUAAUAAUUCAAUUGAUCAAAAAAUUCCAUUAAAUGUUGAGGAAUAUUAUGAUGAAAUUUAUAAACGUUAUGAAAAUUAUAUUUCCCAACGUGUUGUUAUUAUUAGAAAUCAUAUAAAUUUUGUUGAGGAGAAAAAAAAAUUUAUAAAUAACACAAAGGAAAAUAAAAACGAUGAACAAUUCAAGACACUCACAAUUGAAUUGGAAAAUUUUCUUAAAAAUCUCACGUCAUCGUAUUGGAUAAAGAAAGAGCCAUUUAAAUGGGAAAUUGAAAUUCUCAUGGAAGAAGAGAGGAAAUUGAAUUAUUAUUAUACUUUAUCUGAAAAUGACACCAGCAGCAGCAAUCAAUUAAAUAUUAUUGAAUAUUUAAAAUUAGAUUCAAAAUGUGGACAAAUUUUUGGUGAAUCGUAUAAAAAAUUUUUAAAUAAAGGAUUAAUUAAUGAAAUUCAAAAAAUUGUUAAUAAUUCAAAUUUCAAUUAUUUAGAAGAAAUACGAAAUAAAAUGUUACAUGAAAUAUUACCCGAUUUAAAUGAUUUGAGAAUUAAUUUUGGAAUGACUGAUGACAAUAUUAAAAUACCAUUGAAUAGUAAAAAAGUUAAAAUGAUGAUUUCCCUUGAUGGUUUAUUAAAUGGAAUUUAUUUUGAAAUUGGUUCAAUUGUUUAUCGUGAUUGGCAUAAUGGUAGUUAUGAUUUUUUUGGAAAUAAUUUACGUAAAACGAUUGAGGAUAUACGUGGUAUGAUAUCACAAUUAUUUAAACUUAGGAGAAUUUCAAAGGAUAGGGGAAAUUUUACCAGUGAUUUGAUGUUAAAUUAUAAAUUGUCAUUAUUGGAUUUGCAACAACAUAAUAAUUUCAUCAGGGAUUAUUAUUUGGAUGUUUUAUCGAAAUUCAAGGGAUAUGAUUUUUAUGAAGAGGAAAUUGUUAGGUUGCAAAAUAAUUCGAUAGUUAAUAGCGAGGAGAGGGAAUGGAUUGAAAUUUUGAAGAUGAAUCAAUUUUUUGAUUCGGAAAUUGAUAGAAUUGAUCGGAUCACUGAUCGAAUGGUAGAGGUGCUGGAGGAAGAAAAGAAGGGGAAUUUAAGUGGAAAUUAGGAGGAGAAAAUUUCUUUAUAGUGUAAUUAUGAAAAAUUUCCUUCGUUUUUUUUUUUUUUUGUAAUUUCCCAUUCCUUUUCAUUUAUCUCCUCUUGCUUCCUUUAGUGUUUCCUAAUUGAAAAUUCUCCUUCUCCUUAUCCUUAGGGAAAGGAAAUUCCUUCUCCUCCUUCUCCUUCUCCUUAGGGAGAGGAAAUUCCUUCUCCCUCUCCUUCUCCUUAGGGAGAGGAAAAUUCUUCUCCCUCUCCUUCUUCUAAGGGAGAGAAAAUUCCUUCUCCUUCUCCUUAGGGAGAGGAAAUUCCUUCUUCCUCUCCUUCUCCCAAGGGAGAAAAAAAUUCCUUCUUCUUCUCCUUAGGGAGAGGAAAUUCCUUCACAUUGGGGAGAGGGAAUUCCUUCUUCUUCUUUUUUUUAAAUUUGGAGAAUUAAACGAAUAGCCGACAAAACGAGUCAGAAUGAGAGGGUUGUUUUUUUCGGCCAAGGCAGGAGGAAUGGGAUAAAAAAAAGAGGAGAAGGAGGAGUAGGAAUUGGGACGUGAAGACUCGAUUGGAAAAUAGAAAUAGAGUAAAGUGCCGGCGGGUUAGAAUAAAAGAAAGGAUAGAGGAGGUGUUGGGAAGCAGUUACUUCCGUGAGGCAACAGAAUGCAAAACGAAUUUCCGAUACUUUCACAUUUAUUGGUGUCGAUUUCGCUUCAUAAAAGUAGAUACUUGGAGCUCUUUUUAAACUGACUUUUUCGAAAAGAAAAAAAAACAAAAAGCUCUUUUCAAAAUUGAUUGUGAAUAUUAUUACUUUUAAAUAAAGAAUUUUUUCUCUUAUCA